GGGCACUUUCCUUGGCCAGACGGGGAAGAUGGCGGCGGUAACAGGGACGGCGCUCCCUGCCGAGUGGAUCAAGACCUGGGAGAAAUCCGGCAAGGGCGAGUUCUUGCAGUUAUGUCGUAAUCUCUGUGAAGAUACUGCUGUUAGAGGUAUCCAGCAGGCUUUGUAUGAGCUUGCCUAUCAUGUUGUGAAAGGAAACCUAAAGCAUGAUCAAGCAUGUAAUGUUCUCAAUUACAUUAUAGAAUAUCGAGAUGACAUGCCUUCCAUCCUAGCUGAUGUAUUUUGCAUAUUAGACAUUGAAACUAGUUGUUUAGAAGAAAAAAGUAAGAGGGACCAGUUCAUGCAGCUGGUGUUAGCGUGUUUGUACUUGGUUUCAGAUACUAUACUAAAGGAGCGCCUGGACCCAGAUACAUUGGAAUCAUUAGGGCUUAUCAAGCAGUCUCAGCAGUUUAAUCAAAAAUCUGUGAAAAUCAAGACAAAACUUUUUUAUAAGCAGCAGAAAUUCAAUUUAUUAAGAGAAGAAAAUGAAGGUUAUGCAAAACUGAUUGCCGAACUGGGACAAGAUUUAUCAGGAAGUAUCACCAGUGAACUGAUCCUAGAAAAUAUCAAAUCUUUAAUAGGAUGUUUUAACCUGGAUCCUAACAGAGUGCUCGAUAUUAUCUUAGAAGUCUAUGAAUGCAGGCCAGAAUACGAUGAAUUCUUCGUACCUUUGAUAGAAUCCUACAUGUAUAUGUGUGAACCUCAAACGCUUUGUCAUAUCCUUGGAUUCAAAUUCAAAUUCUAUCAGGAGCCAAAUGGAGAGACACCUGUUUCUUUAUACAGAGUUGCUGCAGUGCUUUUGCAACACAAUCUCAUAGACUUGGAAGACCUCUAUGUACAUCUUCUUCCAGGAGAUAAUGCUAUCCUAGAAGACCACAAGCGAGAAAUUGGAGAAGCCAAACAGAUUGUGAGGAAACUUACCAUGGUGGUGUUGUCUUCCGAAAAGACGGAAGAGAAAGAGAAGGAAAAGGAAAAGGAGGAAGAAAAAACAGAAAAGCCACCUGAUAACCAGAAGCUGGGUUUAUUAGAAGCGAUGCUAAAAAUUGGCGACUGGCAGCAUGCCCAAAGCAUCAUGGACCAAAUGCCUCCGUUUUAUGCUACUUCACACAAAUCUAUAGCUGUUGCCCUUUGCCAGCUUCUUCAUGUGAUGAUUGAACCACUUUAUCGCAGAGUCGGAGUCCCCAAAGGGGCCAAAGGGACUCCGGUCCCUGCUUUGCAGAAUAAGAGAGCGUUCAAACAAGUAGAAAACUUUGAAGAUUUAAGAAAAGAAGUGUUCAAUAUGCUUUGUUAUCUUGGUCCACAUCUCUCACAUGACCCCAUAUUGUUUGCAAAAGUGGUGCGUCUUGGAAAAGCUUUCAUGAAAGAGUACCAAACUGAUGGGAACAAACAGGACGAUAAAGAAAAAAUGGAGCUAUUAUUCAGUUGUUUGCUGAGUAUUACCGACCAGGUUUUGCUUCCUUCUCUUUCCCUGAUGGACUGCAAUGCGUGCAUGUCUGAAGAACUCUGGGGGAUGUUUAAAACAUUUCCCUACCAGUACCGGUACCGUUUGUAUGGCCAGUGGAAGAAUGAAACCUACAAUAGCCACCCGCUGCUCGUGAAAGUUAAGGCUCAGACAAUUGAUAGAGCCAAGUAUAUUAUGAAGCGUUUAACCAAGGAAAAUGUCAAGCCUUCUGGGAGACAAAUUGGGAAACUGAGCCACAGCAACCCAACCAUUCUAUUUGACUAUAUUUUGUCUCAGAUACAGAAGUACGAUAAUUUAAUAACUCCAGUUGUGGAUUCAUUGAAAUACCUCACUUCGCUGAACUAUGAUGUCUUGGCGUAUUGCAUAAUUGAAGCAUUGGCUAACCCAGAGAAAGAGAGGAUGAAACAUGACGACACUACGAUAUCCAGUUGGCUUCAAAGUUUAGCUAGUUUUUGUGGUGCUGUUUUUCGCAAAUAUCCUAUCGAACUGGCUGGUCUACUUCAAUAUGUGGCAAACCAACUAAAGGCUGGUAAAAGUUUUGACCUGCUUAUUUUGAAAGAAGUGGUGCAAAAAAUGGCUGGGAUAGAAAUCACGGAAGAGAUGACAAUGGAGCAGCUGGAAGCCAUGACAGGCGGAGAGCAACUCAAAGCAGAGGGUGGAUAUUUUGGCCAGAUCAGGAACACUAAGAAAUCUUCCCAGAGGCUGAAAGAUGCUCUUUUGGACCACGAUCUCGCCCUCCCACUGUGUCUCCUCAUGGCUCAGCAGKGGAARGGAGUGAUCUUUCAAGAAGGAGGGGAGAAGCACUUGAAGCUGGUGGGYAAGCUCUAUGAUCAGUGCCAUGACACGUUGGUCCAGUUCGGUGGGUUUUUAGCAUCCAAUUUGAGCACAGAGGAUUAUAUUAAGCGAGUGCCUUCUAUCGACGUUCUCUGCAAUGAGUUCCACACCCCUCACGAUGCUGCGUUUUUCCUCUCGAGGCCCAUGUAUGCGCACCAUAUUUCCUCAAAAUACGAUGAACUGAAAAAAGCCGAGAAGGGGAACAAGCAGCAGCAAAAGGUUCACAAGUAUAUUACGUCUUGUGAGCUUGUGAUGGCUCCGGUCCAUGACGCCGUGAUCUCCUUGCACCUCCCAAAGGUCUGGGACGAUAUCAGCCCUCAGUUCUACGCGACGUUCUGGUCGCUCACCAUGUACGAUCUGGCCGUGCCCCACACUAGCUAUGAACGGGAAGUCAACAAACUCCGAGUCCAGAUGAAAGCUAUUGAUGACAAUCAGGAAAUGCCUCCGAAUAAAAAGAAGAAAGAGAAAGAACGUUGUACGGCGCUUCAGGAUAAACUUCUGGAAGAAGAAAAGAAGCAGUCGGAGCAUGUGCAAAGGGUGCUGCAAAGGCUAAAACUGGAAAAGGAUAAUUGGCUUCUUGCAAAGUCUACAAAAAACGAGACCAUCACCAAAUUUCUACAGUUAUGUAUAUUUCCUCGGUGUAUUUUUUCUGCCAUCGACGCUGUUUAUUGUGCCCGCUUUGUGGAAUUGGUGCACCAGCAGAAAACGCCCAAUUUUUCCACACUGCUUUGCUAUGACAGAGUAUUUUCUGAUAUCAUCUAUACAGUCGCGAGCUGCACGGAAAACGAAGCCAGUCGCUACGGCCGCUUCCUGUGCUGCAUGCUCGAAACUGUAACUCGAUGGCAUAGCGAUAGGGCCAUAUACGAAAAGGAAUGUGGCAACUAUCCAGGGUUCCUCACUAUAUUACGGGCAACUGGUUUUGAUGGCGGAAACAAAGCUGACCAAUUGGAUUAUGAGAAUUUCCGGCACGUCGUACACAAGUGGCAUUAUAAACUGACAAAGGCAUCAGUGCACUGCCUGGAAACGGGUGAAUAUACGCACAUCCGAAAUAUCCUGAUCGUGCUGACCAAAAUCUUACCCUGGUAUCCCAAAGUGGUGAAUCUGGGCCAAGCGCUGGAAAGGAGAGUCCACAAAAUCUACCAAGAAGAAAAGGAAAAGAGGCCUGACCUAUAUGCAUUAGCAAUGGGCUAUUCUGGGCAGCUGAAAAGUAGAAAGCAUUGCAUGGUCCCUGAAAACGAUUUCCACCACAAGGACCCGCCCACCAGGAACACAGUGCCGACCGCGGUGCAAAACGGGCCGGGAGGAGGAGGAGGAGCCGGGCUGCCCCCUUCGGCGCUCACAACCAAUGCAGCUAAGCUGGAAGAAAGCACUGCUGAGGAGACGGAUAAAUUAAAAGAGAAAUCUCAGGGUGCUGUCAAAGUGAUCAAUAAGGCUGCCAGUACAACUCCAAAGGUGACCACAAGCAAUGGAAACAGUUCUUCAAAUAGCAAAGUUGUAAAAGAAAAGGAGGACAAAGAAAAAUGUGGGAAGGAAAAAGAGAAGGAGAAAAAGGAGAAGGCGCCAACUGCCACUCCUGAGGCCAAAAUGCUUGGGAAAGAUGGGAAAGAAAAGCCAAAGGAAGAGCGGGCAAACAAAGAAGAUAAAGCAAGAGAUAUCAAGGAAAAGACGCCGAAGUCGGACAAAGAGAAGGAAAAAGCAAAGAGAGAAGAGAAGUUGUCGAAGGACGAGAAGUCCAAGAUAAUCGUGACCAACAUCGAGUCAAAAUCAACAAUAGAAAAGGAAAGAGAGAAGGAACCAUCCCGAGAGCGAGAUGUAAUGAAGGAUAUGAAGACCAAGGAAAACAUUAGAGGAGGAGGAGGAGGAGAGAAGGCACCAGUUGCUGGGUCCUUGAAGUCGCCUGUUCCCCGCUCAGAAGCCUCCGAUUGUGACAGGGAACAAAAACGCCGCAAAGUUGAUAGCCACUGUUCUCCAUCGCAUUCCUCUACAGUAAAGGGUCUGGCCCCGCUUCCCCAAGUCCUUGCGGUUUCUGAGAACUGUGCGAGCUCACGUCUCAUCUCCAUUCAUUUCCAACAGGACAACCUCAGCGAACUCAAGGACUCUUCAGCAAAGCAUUAUGUUAACCACUCCACUCCCACCCUGUCCAAGAGUAAGGAGAGAGAACUGGACAAGAAAGAUUUGGACAAAUCGAGGGAAAGAUCCAGAGAGAGAGAAAAGAAAGAGGAAAAAGAAAGGAAAGAUCGGAAAAGGGAUCAUUCCAAUAGUGACCGGGAAGUGCCACAGGAUUCAACUAAGCGUCGGAAAGAGGAGAACGGAACAACUGGUUCUUCCAAGCAUAGCAAGAGUGUCAGCCCUUCCGAUUCCCCUCGCUCCAACGAAAAGGAGAAAAACAAAUCAAAAUCUUCCAGCAAAGAGAAAGGAGAUUCCAUAAAAGUCGAAAAGAUGGAAAAGAGCUCAUCUGGUAGCAAAAAGGAAUCCAGGCACGAUAAGGAGAAAUCUGAGAAAAAGGAGAAGCGGGACAGUACUGGGGGCAAAGAAGAGAAGAAACAUCAUAAAUCUUCGGACAAGCACAGAUAAUGAACACUCUCCUGACCAAGACCGAGAAGAUAUGGGAAGAGCUGUGGCCAGAAAACGGAUCUUUCUGGACUCUAGAUUGCACAGGAAAUUCGUAUGAAGAGGACCCAUCUGCAUCUCCUUAAAUUAUUCAGUUCUCUUGCUUUUAUUUCCCUCCCAGUGCGGAAGAUUUGAUUGUUGAGUUGUACAUUACUGUAUUUUUAACUUGUCUCUUAGUUCCUUAAGCAUUUAUUUUCAGUACCUGGCUGAAAGUGUUACAUGUUCCAUAUUUUGAGCACAAUGUGCUGCAAACCGUUGCCAUCGUGCAAAACUAAUGGGGGGGUUUCCACGUGUACAGAAAGCCGCAUUCGGUGAUCGAAAUACUGCCUGAGUUUGGUAAAACCCUUUUCGGUUGGAAAUGCAUUAUUUUGGGGUGUUUGGAAAACCUACAAAUAAAACAGUUAUUGAACCUUGGGAAUUUACCUCAUUUAGAACCCAGCUUUUUUUUUUAAUUUAUUGUUUUUAAUAUCGAUGACUAAAAACGAAGCGGGAGCGCUGCCGUCACGUGGUGCGUAUGAAUUAUUUGUAUAUUAUGUGCACAGCACUGAUGUGUUUCGGGAGCGAGCCGCCCUACACUUUCCCUCACUACACCUUAACGUUUUGUCAUAAUGUUUUUAGAGAAAUUGGGGAAAAAUAACUUUCUUCAAAGCUAAAAUUUCAAAAAAAAAUUAGGUUUCAAUAUUACAGCUGCUGCAGGAGCUUUGUAUCGCUGGAGUUUAGUCAAAAAAAAGAAAAAGUUUCACAAUGACAUUUUUAAAAAAAGGAAAAACCAAUUUUUUUAUCUGACAAAUUCUACCAGUGUAACCUUUUUUCUAAAUAAACAAUAGUUUUCUCAAUGGGUCGUAAA